AUGGCUCGGAUGGGUCAUGGAUUGCCCUUCCAUUUAGCCUUUCAGAUGACUCGGCACUUCAUCUCGUCCUACUCGGCCAGUGCGAUCGGAUGGUUCAGUGGUGCAGUUACAAGUGAUUGUUGCAGCAUAAAUAAUCUAUCAACAGGUUCGUUUGUAAGAACCUGUGACGAUGUCGUUGGCGAAUGCCCUCUGCCGGAGAACAGGCAGCGGCAUGGGUCAGAUCUCGACACUUCAGGCGAGCAUGGGGGAAUUACUAUCACCGCGCUCGGCAGAGGCGGCGCAGCAUGCUUUCUGCCAGGGUCAUUCCGCAGGGAAACUCUACAGACAGGACAUGUCGAGUGCUGCUUUAGCCAGAUGUCGAUGCAGGCCACGUGGAAAUCGUGGCCACAGUAA